GUUUGUGUUAGUUUGCUAUGAACUCCGAAGGUGACGCUGAUAACGGUUCAUCAAAAAGGGGUGCGGUGUCGAAUCGCCAUACUGGGAUGGCGUACGUGACCAAAGACAUAGCGACAGCACGAAAAAUGAGUGGCAGUGUGUGUCUAUUUCGCUCAUAACAAGAGAGAUUUUAUUUUGACAGUGAGAUUUGUGAAGAGUUCGCGAGAUGUCCAGUACACCACUCAAGCCUUGAUCUAAACCGAAAAGAGUGCAUCCAACUUCGAGACCGUGUAAGAUCAGAAAUAUCGUAUCUCGGUUUCGGUGUUCAGAUUUUUGCACUGCAUGUGUCACUGUAAAGUGAGUGAAGACGUGAAUCAACUUCAGUGCUUAACACAACUCUACACGAUAUCUCAAUACAUAAUCUGUUUCUUUACGUAAAACGACAAUUUGCAAUAGUGUGAGACCCCUAAUGCAAAACUGAAGUGCGUCGCACCGAUGUGCCUGGUCGCGUCAUACUUUUCGGUGGUGUUCCUUUAAUUAAUUCGCGCGUGUGUGAUGCCCGGGAGUCGUGCCAGUACCGAUCCAGAGCAUAAGUCACCGCGAGAAAGUGGUGAAGAUUCUGAAGAUGAGAGCGAAAUCCUGGAGGAGAGCCCCUGCGGGCGGUGGCUCAAACGCCGGGAAGAGGUUGAGCAACGGGACGUUCCGGGCAUAGAUUGUGCCUAUCUGGCAAUGGAUACCGAGGAGGGUGUGGAAGUUGUCUGGAAUGAGGUGCAAUUUUCCGAGAGAAAAAAUUUUAAAGCUCAAGAAGAAAAAAUACAACAGGUGUUUGAAAAUCUAACGCAGUUAGAACAUCCAAACAUUGUUAAGUUUCAUAGGUAUUGGACGGACACCCACAAUGAUAAGCCACGGGUGAUAUUCAUCACUGAAUAUAUGUCUUCUGGUUCGUUGAAGCAAUUUUUAAAACGAACAAAACGAAACGUUAAAAAGUUACCUCUACAGGCGUGGAAAAGAUGGUGCACGCAAAUUCUUUCUGCAUUAAGUUAUUUGCAUUCCUGUUCUCCACCUAUAAUUCAUGGAAAUUUAACCUGCGACACUAUUUUCAUUCAACACAAUGGACUAGUAAAAAUUGGUUCAGUUGCGCCUGAUGCGAUUCAUCAGCACGUGAAAACUUGUAGAGAAAACAUGAAGAAUAUACAUUUCGUAGCUCCCGAAUAUGGAAGUUCGUUAACACCGGCAAUAGAUAUUUAUUCAUUUGGUAUGUGUGCAUUGGAAAUGGCGGCGUUAGAAAUUCAAGGAAAUGGCGAGAGUGGAACUGUUGUCACUGAGGAAAAUAUUAGGAAAACAAUAGAAUCAUUAGAUGAUGCUCAACAAAAAGACUUCAUUAGUAAAUGUCUUCAAUCGGAUCCACUCAGUAGACCGAGUGCCAGGGAAUUAUUAUUUCACCCUGUCCUAUUCGAAGUCCAUUCGCUCAAAUUACUUUCGGCACAUGCCCUUGUCAAUUCAGCCACGAAUAUUUCGGAAACUAUAACUGACGAAGUUUUGCAAAGGUUAUAUGGACCCGAUACGAUAGUUGCUGAAUUACGAUUUAAGAAUCGGCCUCCUCAAGAGAUUCGAUUCAGUGAUAUACCAGUUGCUGAGAAAUUAGAAAAAUUUGUGGAAGAUGUGAAAUAUGGAAUUUAUCCUUUGACUGCAUUUGUCGCGAAACUUCCGCCUCCCGCUCGUCCGAGAGCAAUUUCGCCUGAAGUUACGGAAUCUGUUAAAUCUGUAACUCCAGAACCUUAUGACGAAGAGGCUCGUAGAGUAGUCAAUAUGAUGUGUAAUGUGAAACCGAAGGAAGACAGUAAUGAAUUAAAUAUGACCAUAUUACUUCGAAUGGACGAUAAAAUGAAUAGACAAUUGACUUGUCCAGUGAGUCAAACGGACACUCCAAUGCUUCUCGCUCAGGAACUUGUACAUUUUGGGUUUAUAAAUGAUGUUGACAGAGACAAAAUAGCGAAUUUAAUUGAGGAAGCAUUAAGAUGUUGUUUCAAUAAACAAAUGAUGACACCAGAAAUAUUGUCAUUGUCAAAUCUUCCUUCACAAACGUUACUGUUACCGGGUCCAGAAUUUCCACGCUUACAAGAUAAUAAUGAUAAUACAACAACAAAUGCCGGCAAUGCAGUGACAACAAGUAGUGAUAGUGUGUCAAGCAUCCCGCCAAAAACCUCAGGACAUUCAGAAUCAAUUAAUAAAAUGAAAAUUUACCAAGACGAAGGAGAACCGCCAACGAUCACUGAAACUGGCAGUUAACCAUCGAGGACAAUUGGUAAUUCAGUUCACUGUGCCACUCUGCACGCCCUUUGUAUAGACUGGCUAUGUAUUUUUAUAUUUAAGUAAAUUUAAAAAAUAGCAAGAGAGAGAGAGAGAGUGUGUGUGAGAAAAAGAAAAAAAAAAAACGUGAGAAAUCGUUUCGACUGAAAGUAUGUAAAAGAAGAGAGAGAGGUGGAGGGGUGCCGUGGCUGUAUUACAUUUAAGCAUGUUUACAUGUGUGUGUUUGCUAUGCAAAUCAGUGUGAAUACAUUGUUUUCAUUUUUCUAAAUCGUCUAAGGGAAAAAAAAUGAACUUCCAAUUUGUGUGAAUGUGCAAAAUCGAAGGGCUUGAAAAAAAAGAAUAACAACGAUUUCGAUUUAAGUUUAAGAUAUCUAAGAAGCCCAAUGAAAAAAUGAAUAAAAUAUGUUAUUUUUAAUUGUUUUUUAAAUGUGCCUCUUUUUUUUCAUAAGUUUCUUUAAUUGAAACUCCCGCCAGUAAUAAUUGAAAGUCCCUCCGUUGUAUCAAUUUUAAGUAUACAUAAUAUUUUAAUCCACUUUCGAGCCCUUUGAUCAAUAUUAUCAGGUUUUCUCUUUGGGUCUUGACAAAUAAUUCAGAAAAAAAUCUCUAGAAUAAAUAAUUUCGAUUUAGAAAAACAAAAAAAAUAAAUAAUAGAAAAUUUAAAUUAUUGAUUUAUUAUUAUUACAAUUAGAGAAUUUUUUCAAUGGAAUAUUUGUUCUCACCUAGAAUUUGUCAAUUCGAACGACAGUAACGCCGCUAAUAAAUGCUUAUGUUUCCUUUAUCGCGAAAUUUAAUCGUGUUUUUGGAAUCUCGCACAAAAAAAAAAUGAAAGAGAAAGAAAUUGUUUCUUGUAAACAAUUUUUUUUUGAAUUUCACAGUGGAAAAAAUAAGACUUUCGUCGAAACGCUAUUUUAAACAAACAAAACAAAAAAAAAAAGCAUUAUUUAUGUAACGUCGACUCCACUGACCAAAGUUUUUAAAUGAAUCAAACCGCAUUAUUGAGAUGAUUGUAUUUAUGUAAACAACGUGAAACUGGAAUUACUUUAUUAUAUUAUAUAUAUAUAUAUAUAUAAAUAUAUAUUUCUGAUCUGAGUGAUUACAGAAAAUUUUAGGAAAUACGUGUUCGUCCGACUAUUUUUGACCAAAUAAUACGUAUAAUAAUUUACGUAUUUUAUUUAAAUUAAAUUAUUUCUAGCGACGAGAGAUAAAAAGAGAAAAAAAAAGUUGUCAGGUGUCAGUAAAUAAAAUGCCAUACAUUGAUUUUAUUUAUAACUUCAUUUUUGUAUCAUAUUCAUUUUUUUUUUUUUUUUUUUAUAAAUAUAAUUUCAUUUCUUUUUGCUGUGAAGAAAUUAAAUUUUUAAUGGCAUAAAAGGAAUUUAUUAGGUUCUUAAAUUAAAGAAUUAUUAAAUAUUUCAAAGAUAUUUAAUUUAUUUUUUAUUAUAAAAUUUUAAAAAAAUUUUAUUAUAUUCAAAGUUUUAUUUUGAAACGAAUCUUUUAAUUAAAAAAAAGUAUUUCAAAGCAAAGGAAUUAACUAAUUUAUUAUUCAAAAAAGGAGAAAAAAAUAUUGUAUUUACGUAAAAACGUACGAAAUUAUCGAUAAUUAGUAGAAAAAAUUUUCUUUUUUACAAAAAGCAUAAUUUAUUACUAUUUUUCGAUUUAAUAAAAUAAUUUUUGAAAAUGGAAUUUAAUAAAUUCCUCUUGUUUUUAUUUUAUAAGAAUUGACGAGAUGUUAAACAAAGAAAUAAAAGUGUAACGAAAUUUUUCACUUAUGCGAAUAAAAAUUUUUGCAACUGUUAUAAAUUUUAACUUUUGAAAUAUAAGCCAAAAGAAAAAUAAAUACGGACGAAUUACGAAUUGAUUUUCUUUUUCUUCUUUUUUUUUUUGUAAUUCUCAAAUUUCAAGCCUCAGAUUGCGAUCAAGAUCCAAUAUCAUAAAAAAAAAGAUCGCUGUGAUGUUAAUAGACAAUGUGGUCGUUGUGUAAUAAUUGCUGGAUUGAAAAAAAAAUACAAGAAACAUGUUUACGUGAUAGCUUCGAAUAUAAGUUCUUGAUUAUUUUACGAGAGCAAAACAAUCAGGAAACUAGAUACAAAACAAAAGAAAGAAAAUUAUAAUUCUAUGCAAAAAAAAUAUAAAAUUUUUGCAAACAAAAAUACAAUUUUUCAAAAUUAAAAAAACAAUUUACAAUGUAAAAAAAAAGAAAAAUGAAAUGAAAACUUGUAGCAUUAUUGACAAAAAAGAAAAAAAAAAUAUCAGGUAAUUUUUGACCUGCGUCUUUUUUUUUCUUAAUUUUUAAUGUGAUUUAAAUAAUAAUCACACGGUGAUUAAGCCUCGGAUGAAAAUUAGCUGAAAUCUUUGUAAAUAAUUUAUAUUUUUAAGAGAGUCUGUUGGACACAGAAAAACUAGUCAUAUAGCUAUAUUCGAGUGCUAAUGAACUAACACAGACCUUGUUAUUUUUUUUGCAUUUAUAACACGUGCUUGGUCAAGAAACUGCUCCAGUUUUCGUACCUUGAUUUAAUAAAAAGAAAAAAAAAGAAAAUAUAAAAAACAAAAAAAAAAAGAAUCACCUACUGUGACGCAUUUUACUAACCUUUACUAAAGGUAAUUAUUACCAACACCAUAAACUUCGAUCUUAAAAUAUGUAAGUAGGUUAUAUAUAAUAAAUAUGUAUAACUUUACAGUAAAUAAAAUUAUAACGAACCAGGUAAAAAAAAAACAAAAAGA